AUGGACAAGUUGGUGGUGGCCAUACCCUAUCCCGCCCGUGGACACAUUAACCCGAUGAUGAAGUUUUGCUCACUCCUCUCCUUAAAGGGUAUUUCGGUCAUUUUAGUCCUCACCGAGGAAUGGCUAAGUUUGAUCGGACCACCAGCAGCAGCAGCAGCUCCGGUUGGAGUGGAGUAUCGUGUAGCUACAGUCCCUAAUGUGAUACCGUCAGAAAAAGAUCGAUCCAAGGACAUGAUGGGUUUCUUCAAGGCUGUGGCCACAGAAAUGAAGUCGGCUAUUCAUACUUUUCUCGACCGGUUAGAUGAUGGACCGGUUUCUUGUAUAGUGGCGGAUGCUAUUAUGACGUUCAUGAUGGGGUUUGGAGGGCGGCGGGAGGAUACUCUUCCUCCGGUCGCGUCUUUAUUUCCAUCGCCGGCAUCUAUGUUCUUUGCUUAUUACCAUUUUGACCUCAUAAUGGCCGCCGCGCGUACCCAAGUCAUUGCCAACAGCAACGACACAGUGGAGGAGAAGGAUACUAUGGUGAUAAUUGACAAUAUUCCAUUCGAGUUCCCAGUUAAAUCUGUGGAAAUCUCAUUUGCAAACCUUGGAAAUAGCCUUGUCAACAAAGGCAUUCAAUCCAUAGUCCAAACAGCAACAACUACACAUGCCAUUCUCAUUUCAACAUAUGAAGAACUUGAACCCGAAUUCAUUAAUGCAUUGAGAGACCGUCUUCCCAUUCCCCUUUAUGCAUUCGGUCCUUCCAUCCCAUACUUGUCCCUCGAACUCAAACACAACAAUUGUCAACACGAACCAUCCUCGAUGUAUAUCGAUUGGCUCGAUGCCUGUCCUAAAGCUUCCGUCCUAUACAUUUCUUUGGGUAGUUUUGAGACAGUGUCGGAUGAGCAAAUGGAGGAGAUCUCCAAAGGGUUACAAGCUAGCAAGGUGAGAUACAUUUGGAGUGUUAGAGGCGACUACACCUCGAGUUUGAAAGAAGAUUGUGGGGAAUUAGGUCUUAUUGUGCCAUGGUGUGACCAAUUGAAGGUAUUGUGUCAUCCAUCUGUUGGAGGUUUCCUUACUCAUUGCGGAUGGAAUUCUGUUAUGGAGGCUAUCUUUGCAGGAGUACCCAUGCUUACAUUUCCUCUAGUUUUAGACCAAGUCCACAUUUGCAACAUAGUAUUGAAUCAUUUGCGAGUUGGGUUGAAGCUCAAGGAGGUUAGAUACGAGGAUGAUCAAAACAUAGUGAGUAGAGAAGAAGUCGCAAUGAAUGUUGUAAGGUUAAUGGACUUGAAUGAGAAUGAAGAUGUUCAUCAUGAUGUGAGAAAGAGAAUAAAAGAGCAUCAACAAAACUGUCAAAAGGCUAUACAAUCUGGCGGAUCAAUUGAUGUUAAUGUAUUGUGUCAUCCAUCUGUUGGAGGUUUCCUUACUCAUUGCGGAUGGAAUUCUGUUAUGGAGGCUAUCUUUGCAGGAGUACCCAUGCUUACAUUUCCUCUAGUUUUAGACCAAGUCCACAUUUGCAACAUUGGGUUGAAGCUCAAGGAGGUUAAAUACGAGGAUGAUCAAAACAUAGUGAGUAGAGAAGAAGUCGCAAUGAAUGUUGUAAGGUUAAUGGACUUGAAUGAGAAUGAAGAUGUUCAUCAUGAUGUGAGAAAGAGAAUAAAAGAGCAUCAACAAAACUGUCAAAAGGCUAUACAAUCUGGCGGAUCAAUUGAUGUUAACGUUAUAGCUGGAAUUAAAAUUGAUAUGUUAGAGUAUGAGUUACUGCAAUGA